CCUAGCGAUGCUGUGGAGCUGGAACUGCACCGGAGUCGGCGGCCGCUUGUCAAGCCUCCCCUCGCCUCUGCUCCCGGAACGGCGGCGCCGCGGCUGCCGCUGAUCCACCUGGGGGGAUGCCCGCGGGCCUCACGGAGCCGGCCGGCGCCGCUACCCGCGCCGGUGUGGGCGCCUCCGGGACCGUGACGAUGGCCCCCGCCGCGGCUCUGCCCGUCCGGGUGGAGAGCACUCCGGUGGCCUUGGGCGCCGUGACUAAGGCUCCUGUCAGUGUCUGCGUAGAGUCCUCGGCGUCCCAGCCGCUGCGGUCCCCCGUGGGGACCCUGGUGACCAAAGUGGCCCCUGUCAGUGCCCUUCCUAAACUCAGCAACGGCCCUCGUCUGCCAUCUCCUCAGAUUGUCGCCGUGAAAGCCCCCAACACCACCACAAUCCAAUUGCCUGCUAAUCUGCAGCUUCCUCCAGGAACCGUUUUGAUCAAAAGUAACAAUGGUCAGCUGAUGUUGGUAUCUCCUCAACAAGCUGUAACAAGAACCGAGACCACAAGUAACAUAACUUCAAGGCCAGCGGUGCCAGCAAAUACGCAAACCGUCAAAAUCUGUACCGUGCCGAAUUCUAGUUCGCAGUUAGUCAAGAAAGUGGCAGUGGCGCCUGUUAAACAGUCGGCACAAGCAGGCACUACGGUGGUGACCUCUGCUCCAAAGCCUGCCCCGGUGCAAUCUGUGGCUGUGCCAACUAACGUGGUCACAGUUACUCCUGUAAAGCCUGUGAAUACUGUAACGACCCUGAAUCUUUCAAGUUUGGGAACAGCAUCUGCCCCCUCAAAUGAGCUCAAUCUCAAAACAGAGAACUCGGCCGCUGCUCAGGCUAACCUUUCUCCGACGAUGCUAGAAAAUGUGAAGAAAUGUAAGAACUUCCUCGCAAUGUUAAUAAAACUAGCGUGUAGUGGAUCCCAGUCACCGGAGAUGGGGCAGAAUGUGAAGAAGUUGGUAGAGCAACUUUUGGAUGCAAAAAUUGAAGCUGAAGAGUUUACUAGACAACUGUAUGUUGAACUAAAGUCUUCACCUCAGCCUCACCUAGUUCCUUUCCUUAAGAAAAGUGUGAUUGCCUUACGACAACUGAUGCCUGAUGCCCAGAGCUUUAUUCAGCAGUGCGUUCAGCAGACUUCUAGCGAGGUGGUCACUACUACCUGUACCACGACAUCAACACCUUCUCCCGUGGUAACAACGGCAGCUUCCUCCAUCCAGCCUGAGAAGCCUGUUGGUGGUUCGGAAGCCGCGGUGCCCGGAACUGUGUCCGUGCAAACUCUGAAACCACUUGCUGGUCCAGGGGGAGCAAACACUGGAGUCGUGACACUUCACUCUGUGGGGCCGGCUGCUGUGCCUGGAGGGACCACGGCUGGCACUGUCGUGCUGCAGGCUCCAAAACCUCUGGUGACCUCCCUGCAGAACACGGUGACAACAGUCUCUCUGCAGCCUGAAAAGCCGGUUGUCUCCGGCACAGCGGUGACGCUGGCGCUCCCCUCGGUACCUUUUGGAAAAACCUCAGCAGCAGCUGUUUGCCUUCCGUCCGUGAAGCCCGUUCUUACUUCCGCUGGGACCACGUCCGACAAGCCCGUCCUUGGCCCUCCACUCCAAAUCAAACUCGCACAGCCGGGCCCUGUGCUUGCCCAGCCAGCCGGUAUCCCACAGGCAGUCAAAGUCAAACAACUAGUAGUCCAGCAGCCUUCAGGAGGUCUUGCAAAACAAGUGACCACUCUUACCCAUUCCCCAGCAUUGACCAUCCAGAAACCUGGACAGAAGAAGGUGGCAGUGAGCACUACAAUACCUACCAGUCAGUUUUCCCAAGCUUCCAUUCUAAAGCAAAUUACUCUUCCAGGAAAUAAAAUUCUGUCACUUCAAUCAUCUGUUCAGAAAAACAAAAUAAAAGAGAAUGGAACAAUAUCCUUCAGAGAUGAAGAUGACAUCAAUGAUGUGACUUCCAUGGCAGGGGUCAAUCUCAGUGAAGAAAACGCCUGUAUCUUAGCAACAAAUUCUGAAUUGGUUGGCACCCUCGUUCAGUCCUGUAAAGAUGAACCAUUUCUUUUCAUUGGAGCUCUACAAAAGCGAAUUUUAGACAUUGGUAAAAAGCAUGACAUUACAGAACUUAAUUCUGAUGCUGUGAACUUGAUCUCCCAUGCAACACAGGAGCGAUUACGAGGCCUUCUAGAAAAACUGACUACAAUUGCUCAGCAUCGAAUGACAACUUACAAGGCAAGUGAAAAUUACAUCCUGUCUAAUGACACCAGAUCACAGCUCAAAUUUCUUGAAAAGCUAGAUCAACUGGAGAAGCAGAGAAAGGAUUUAGAAGAAAGAGAAAUGUUACUUAAAGCAGCCAAGAGUCGUUCCAAUAAAGAAGAUCCAGAACAGCUGAGAUUAAAGCAGAAAGCCAAAGAGUUACAACAGUUGGAGCUUGCGCAGAUACAGCAGAGAGAUGCUAAUCUCACAGCUCUUGCAGCUAUUGGACCAAGGAAGAAGAGACCACUAGAGUCGGGGUCUGGAAGUGAGGGUUUAAAAGACAACCUGUUUGCCUCUGGGACAUCCAGUCUGACAGCCAGCAAGCAGCUGGUUCGUCCAAGAAUCACGAGAAUCUGCCUCAGGGACCUGAUCUUCUGUAUGGAGCAGGAGAGGGAUAUGAAGUAUUCCCGAGCUCUAUACCUGGCCCUCCUGAAGUGACCACAGCCCUGGCAUCCAGACCCUUGCUACUUACUGCCAAAGAAGACGUCAAGAGCGUUGUUGUGCAGUCCUGACAUUUCGUUUCUAGAAAAUAAUCACCAGUAGGGGAGACCAUUGUUUACAGUUAUAAACUUUUACUAAAUCGUGCUUAUAUAUCCCAUGAGGUUCUUAAUGACUAGGAUUCAGCUUUGUCUCCUGAAAAUUGGUUGUGACAUACGGUUUCCACCGUAGUAGGCCUCUGCCUUCGUACAUGUUUAAUUACAGCAAGGCUCUGUUUGUUCCUGCCUGCUUCACUUGUUAACAGGUAAGGUGUCUCUCCCUGUUACAUCCUGCACUGAGAGGCAGGGGGACAAGAGGGGGAGUCUUUACUUACCAGGAAACUAUGUAUUUCAUCCUACAUGGAACCUGACUCAAAGCAUUAGGUUUUCUGAGCUGGAAUCAGAAGUUGCUAAGCUAACUGUGACAGUCACCUUCUGUGGUUGAAGGUGACAAGCCACAGGGAAAGAUGCCAUGGUGGUGACUUAGGUCAGCUGAGACCCAUUGAUGUCAAUACAUUGACAAAUGGUGAUAGUUUGUGCCCGAGGUUCCCUGGUUCACGUCACUACGUGCUGCUUCUGAUACCAAGGGGACAUCCUUGUCAGGGAAGGAUGCUAUACAUUGAAGCUGCUGGUAUACCUCAUUGAAAAAUGGAAAAGAAGUGAGUAUACAAAGGAAUGAUGGGGUACUGCCUCCAAAUUGAUGGAGGGAAAAUGAAAAUGGACUCGUAACAAGAAAUAUGCUUUAUACACCUAAGAGGAGGCAGAUCUAAUUAGAACUCCAAAGCAGCCAGUACAUAUUUUGUUGACAGGGAAAAAAAAAAAAAAUCGCAGCCCAACCAAAAAGGAAAAUGUGUCAAACAUUUUCAAAUUACAGUAUUUCAAAAGAAAGAAGUUAUUCUUUGUUUUGUGUAUUGCUUUAAAUCUCAAGAAGGAUAGUUUUAUAAACUCUUUUAGCCUAAGUUUUAAGCAUCUUGUUGCAUUUAAAAAAAGUCCUAAUUGAUGAUUAGAAAUUUUUAACAAUGGAUUCCAUUUUGGGUUCUGUACACAAAAGGUAAUGUCAGCAUCUUACUCUUGAACAUCUUGGCUCUGCAUAUAUAUUAUGAGAAGCAUGUUACAUGUAUACUCCUCUGAAGAGGAGGCUGACAUUUUUCAAAGCAAACCCUCUAAUUUUUUUUAAAAUUCGACUUUUGUGGCAUGUAGCUGGUGAAAAAUAAUAACUGUAGUUAGAAUCACAUACAGAAAAAGUGAGUAAAUCCUCCAAAGAAGGUUUUUUAAAAAGGGGUUGGGGGAGGAAACUGUGCUUCUUAGAAAAAGAAUUCAGGGGAGAGAAAAAAAAACCUCAAGUAUGUUAUUCUUCAUCCUGUUCUUCCCUUUGGGACUGUUAUGGCCAUAUUCUGACUGUAGUAAGUUUUAAAUUGGCCACAUUUUCUGUUUCAGCAAGUUAUUAUGUAAAAAUGCUAUAAAUUAUGUAUAUGUUAAAAAAAGUCCUGUAAGAAGAGAUCUAUACCUAAAGUUGUUUUUGUAUAUUGAAAACAAGCUUAGCUUUAUUUUUUGGUAAAGUGCAGCACACUCCCAUAUUUGUGUAUAAUCUUCUUGAUCAGAUGUUUAAAAUUAUUGCAAAUACUUCAUUAAAAUAAUUAUUUUAUUA